GUAUAUCUCAUGCUACUCGAAAGUUCAGCUUAUCUCGCCACUUGGUUUGCAAUAUGGGCGAACGACGUUCUCAGUCUCCAUCUAUCCUCAUUGUCGGAGCUGGACCCACAGGUUUGAUUCUCGCUCUUGUCCUCGCUCGCAACGGCGUUCCAUUCCGCAUCAUCGAGAAGGACAAGACCACACAUCUAGGGCAAAGAGGACCCGGCAUCCAGGCGAGGACCCAGGAGUUGCUCUCCUUCGCAGGUGUUCUGGAAGAUGUCCUGAAGAUCGCGCAAGACCUUGCUCCCGCGCGGAUGUACAAGCUCGGUCAGGCUGUGCCGGAGGCAGUCGCUCCCAGGACGCAGAUGGAGCCGAGUCCAUCCCGCCCUAUGGCGAAGGGAGUCAUGAUCGGCCAGUCGCGGUUGUGCGCGCUCCUUACGGAUAGAUUAGCGAAGGAUCAUGGUGUUCACGUCGAGACGAACACGGCGCUGCGCGGGCUCGAGCAGCAUCCCGACAAGGUUACCGUCAGCCUCGCCAAUACCGGCGAGGACGGGACGGAGGUCGUCGAAACGUCUGACGUCGACUGGGUCGUGGGUUCUGACGGAGCCAGAGGUACUGUUCGCAAGCUCCUUGGUCUAUCGUUCCAUGGCGACCAGCAUGCGGGGCGGUGGGUCGUCGCCGACGUGCGCAUGCAGAAGCCCUGGACAGACGCAACGCGAUUCCAAUACUGGUUCGGCCAUCCCCGCGAACGAUGUCUGAUGGUGCGACCGACGGAGUUCGACACCCCAGAUCUCGCGCAAGCCACAAUAGUCGGUGAUGGCAUCGAUACGACGUAUCUUGCGGCGCACCCUGAAGAGUUCCUACGAGUCGCCCACGACAUCAUAUCCGACCCUGCCAUCAAACUGGCCAAGGUCGACUGGAUUUCGGAGUACAGACCGAGUAGUCGUAUGGUCGACCGAUUCAGCGAAGGAAGAGUAUUCGUGGCCGGAGAUGCCGCUCACAUUCACCCUCCGACUGGAGGCCAGGGUCUCAAUUCGGGGGUUCAAGAUGCCGUCAACCUCGGCUGGAAACUCGCCUUGGUCGCCAAAGGCCUUGCCCCCACUUCGCUCCUCUCCAGCUACAACGAAGAGCGCCUGCCUGUCAUCCGGGAAGUCCUCCAGCUCGCGGGCGGCCUCUGGACCAAGAUGAGGUCGGAGGAGAUGAAGGCGUUCAAACGUGACAGCGCUGUGUACAUGCUCGAGAUUAACUACCGGUGGAGCGAGGCCGUCGUGGACGAGCGAUUGGUGGGCGAGCAGAAGAAGGAGAGCGUCUUUCGGGCAUACUACGGCAACGACGAUGGCGUGCGAGCGGGCGACAGGGCGCCGGAGGCUCCCGGGCUGAAGGUCGUGCGUGCGGGUGAAGGGUAUACUCUGCACCCCGGGGAGGAAACGUCGCUUUUCAAGCUGUUCAAGCUCACUACGCAUACAGUCCUGUUGUUUGUGCCGGCCGCCACGCACUCUGCUGCUUUCGCCGAUAUCCAGGAGGCGCUCUGUGGUUUCCCCGCUGGAACUGCCCAGGUUGUCGUCGUCCUGCCCGAAGCUUUCACUGGAGAACCUACCUUCGGCGAAGAGGUUGACCUGGUGCUGCACGACAAAGAGGGUCACGCCUUCCGCCACUAUGGAUGCCCAGUGGGAGACGGCAGCGAGCAGACAGUGGUCGUCGUGCGCCCUGAUUCGUACGUCGGCGCGUACACCACGAAAGCUGACGAUGUCCACCGGUACCUCAAAGUCGUCUUCGGAGAGUGUGUAGGUGAAAAGGCUUGAGUCUGGAACAAACAAUAUCAUUCACUGUAGGCCUCUAUGAACGGCCUCUUCUGUCGUACAUCUUGUAUCAAUGACAUACGUAUUCAAAUCCCC